AUGCACGAGCAGCAGAGCGGCGCACGCGUCGAGACGGCGUCGGCCGUCACUGGCUGGAACGCAUGGAUGGUCUACUCGUGCGUCGUCAUCGGCCUGUCUGGCUGCAUGUUUGGCAUCGAGAAUUCGAUCAUCGGACCCAUCGCCUCGAUGCACUCCUUCGUCGACAAGAUGCAGGGCCCUAAUCCCAAGACGGGCGAAUUCGUUUUCACGGCCUCGAACCAGAGCAUUCUCUUCUCCGUGCCCCUAACCGCAACAAUCUUCGGCGCUCUGUUCUCGACGCCGCUGCAGACGCGCUUCGGCCGCAAGCGCACGCUGCUUGGCGCCUACGUCUUCAGCCUGCCCGCCGUGUUCCUGCAGCUCUUUGCGCCCAACUUUGGCGCCUUCGUCGGCGGCCGCUUCUGGAACGCGCUCUCGUACGGCGUCGCCACGGCCGUGGCGCCCGGCUACCUUGGCGACCUCGUCGUGCCCUCGCUCCGCGGCCGCUCCGUGGCGCUCAACAACCUGUUCACCAUCACCGCCUCGGUCAUCUCCGUCAUCAUCUGCUGGGCGUCCGAGAGCCAGUUCCGCAACACGCGCUGGUGCUACGACAUUCCGCUCAUCGUGCAGUGCGCGCUGCCCUUCACGCUCAUCUGCCUCACGAUCUUCGCGUCCGAGUCGCCGCUCUCGCUCGUGACGCGCGACCGCAUCGAGGAUGCGCGCGCCUGCCUCUCCAAGAUCCGCUCCUACUCGCAGGAGGAGAUCAACGGCGAGCUCGACAUGAUGAUCGUCGGCGAGGAGAACCGCCGCGCGACCGCCGCCGAGACGUCGUUCAUGGACAUCUUCAAGGGGACCAACCUUAAGCGCACCCUCGUCGCCGGCUCCUUCUUCUCGCUCAACCAGAUCUCUGGCAUCAUCCUCUCGACGACGUACGCCACCGUCUUCCUCACGCAGCUCGGCGCCGGAGACCCAUUCGUGCUGUCGGUCGUCGCCGCCGUGUGCCAGCUGGCAGGCGCGCUCGUCGCGCCCUUCGCCCUCGACCUCUGGGGCCGCCGCUCCGUCGCCCUCUGCGGCUUCGUCGUCCUCUUCCUCCUCGACGUCGCCGCCGGCACGAGCGCCUUCUUCACCGACAAGGGCAUGGGCCCCGUCAAGGCCGUCGCCGCCUUCUCGUUCAUCUUCAACUUCGUCUGGACCGCCAGCUUCUACUCGAUCUCGCUCCUGCUCCCCUCGGAGAUCCCGACGCAGCGUCUUCGCAACCCGACGCUCUCGUAUGCGGUGGGCUGGGGGCAGACGACGGCUGUGAUCACCACGUUCGCCGUGCCGCAGCUCACGAGCGCCGACGGCGCCAACCUCGGCGCCAAGACGUACCUCAUCUUCGCCGGCUGCGUGCUCUGCGUCUUCGUCAUGUCGAUCUUCCUCCUGCCCGAGACGGCCGGCCGGUCGUUCCCCGAGAUCGACGAGCUGUACGAGAAGAAGAUCCCCGCCUGGCGCUGGAAGGGCUACGUGUGCGAGACGGCCGCCAAGCAGGGCGCCACGUCCGAGUCGCUCGCCAAGGAGAAGGCCGAGAAGGCCGCGCGCUCAUAG